AAGUUUCGCCUCGGCCAACUGAGGAAGGUGGUGACUCCUCCCGUGGAGAUCCCAGCGCCGCUCUCAGACCCGACGCUGCUGAGCCACAUGGUCUCCGGCAAGGCCAUCCCCGUGACGAGGCUCAUGUGGCAGCAGCAGCGCGACCUGCUCAAGACGAAGCGUCUCCCGAGCCGCAUCCGAGAGGGCAUCGCGUAC